UGUCGUCGAUUGUGUUUGUACAUGCAAGGUGUCUGGUGGAACGGGUUGACAGUUGAAUAUUUUAAUUGUUUAUUGAUGAAGUGAGGCGAAGCUAGGUCGGGUUGCGACGUCAUAUAACGAAUAGGUUGGGAAGAGUGUAAGUUAUAGGCCUAAUUUUUCCGCGCACUUUGCCGACACAGCAAGCGGGGUAUAGUCUUCUUCCUCCGGGUAGGUCCACCACUGCUGAUCCAGGUCCCUCUCGGACACACACCUCUAGCUCCGAGAGGUGCUGACGCGAUUACAGCAGGAAAGAUGGCGGAUGACCCUAACGCGGCAGACAGGAACGUGGAGAUAUGGAAAAUCAAGAAACUGAUUAAAAGUUUGGAAGCUGCCCGUGGUAAUGGAACCAGCAUGAUCUCGCUGAUCAUCCCCCCUAAGGACCAGAUCUCCAGAGUGGCCAAGAUGUUGGCAGAUGAGUUUGGCACGGCCUCCAACAUCAAGAGCAGAGUCAACAGGCUCUCUGUGCUCGGGGCCAUCACCUCUGUACAGCAGAGACUAAAGCUAUACAACAAGGUGCCACCUAAUGGCCUGGUGGUGUACUGUGGAACCAUCGUGACAGAUGAGGGCAAAGAGAAGAAAGUCAACAUUGACUUUGAGCCUUUUAAACCCAUCAACACCUCCCUGUACCUAUGUGACAACAAGUUCCACACUGAGGCGUUGACAGCCCUGCUCUCUGAUGACAGUAAGUUUGGCUUCAUAGUGAUAGAUGGUAGUGGGGCUCUAUUCGGGACGCUCCAGGGGAACACUAGAGAGGUCCUGCACAAGUUCACCGUGGACUUGCCCAAGAAACACGGCAGAGGAGGUCAGUCUGCUUUGCGCUUUGCCCGUCUGAGGAUGGAGAAGAGACACAACUAUGUGAGGAAGGUGGCUGAGACAGCUGUCCAGCUCUAUGUGGCCAACGACAAGGUCAACGUGGCCGGAAUGGUCCUAGCAGGGUCUGCCGACUUCAAGACUGAGCUCAGCCAGUCCGACAUGUUCGACCCUAGGUUACAGGCGAAGAUACUGAAGCUGGUGGACAUCUCGUAUGGAGGGGAGAACGGUUUCAACCAGGCCAUCGAGCUGUCGGCAGAGGUCCUCUCUAACGUCAAGUUCAUCCAGGAAAAGAAGCUCAUAGGCCGGUACUUUGAUGAGAUCAGUCAGGACACGGGGAAGUACUGUUUUGGGGUGGAGGACACACUCAAAGCCCUGGAGAUGGGGGCUGUGGAGAUCCUCAUCGUUUAUGAGAACCUAGACACCAUGCGCUAUAUUCUUCGCCUGCAUGGGGCUGAGAGCGUCGGAACAGAAAACGAUGAGAAGACUCUUUAUUUAACACCAGAGCAGGAGAAGGACAAGUCCCACUUCACAGACAAGGAGACUGGGCAGGACCACGAGCUGAUUGAAAGCAUGCCUCUGCUGGAGUGGUUCGCCAACAACUACAAGAAGUUUGGAGCCACACUGGAGAUCGUCACAGACAAGAGUCAGGAAGGGUCUCAGUUUGUCAAGGGCUUCGGCGGCAUCGGGGGAUGCUUGCGGUACAGGGUGGAUUUCCAGGCCAUAGAUUACCAGGUGGAGGACGACGAGUUUUUCGAUUUAGAUGACUACUAGGUAGUCGAACUGAAUAGGGGAGAAAGAAGGAAAAAGGUGAAGAAUGACGAAAUAAGGAUAGAAAUAUGCCACUUUUUUUUUUUUUUUUUUUUUUCAGCAAGUGAAAAGAGCCGUACUGACCAUGUAGACAGACAAGCAUUCAAUUUCAAACACGCACACAUGUACCCAUACAUACACAUCUAAUAACGCUCACACACGCUGAAGAGUGAGAUUUUCUUUCAAUCCAGAGAGGGACAAAACCCUUCCUGAGUGAAUCCCUGCCUUAGAGUGCUGGUUCCUUCCCAUGGUUGGAUUGGACUUGACUAAAAUCGUUUUAGUUUGUUUAUUUUUCUCCCCUCCAUUUUGAAUGGACACAACCGCAAGUUCCCAGCAAUCCUCGCUCGCAGCAACCCUCCUUCCCCCCGGUCCGAUGAAGACUUUGGACUCCAUCCUCGCGUAUAGAACAUCUAUUUUCCUUUCUUUACCUCAUCGUGUCCUUGCCCUUCCUCCUUCUAUCCACCCUUAAUGCUUUUUAUAUAUAUAUAUUUAGGCUUUUUAUUUUUUACUGUAAUUGCUGCUGUUGUAUUUUAUUUUUUACCUGGGUUUCUGUAGAGAAAGGGGGGUAUUAAAUUUUAACUGCUGAAAACCAUUGCUACCUCCUCAUCCACUGUGGUCUCAAUCAUGUGGAGUGUCGUUCCCAGAGGAACUGGCUCUACCGGCUCCCCUGCUGAUGAACAUUUUUAUUUAGCCCAUGAGCAUCAGAGUGGCUGUAGAAUGUGUGAAUUGUUUAUAUGCUAUCCUGUGCAUGUAUUUUAUACUGAACAAAAAUAUAAAUGCAACAAUUUUAAAGAUUUUUACUAAGCUACAGUUCAUAUAAGGAAAUUGAAAUAAAUUCAUUAGGCCCUAA